CAGCCGGGCAUGGACCUUCAGGCGGCCGGGUCCCAGGCUCUGGGGGCCGCCGGGCCGCCGCGGGGCCCCCAGCUGCAGAGCGCGCAGGAGGCUCCCCCCAGCCCGGAGGCUGGCUUUGGCACAGUGGACCACCCUGAUCAGGAGAGAGAGACUGAUGCAGCCAUGGAUCGACUAGCCAGUGGAGCACAGAGCAUCCCUAAUGACAUUCCUACCCAUGGUGAAGGCACACAUUCUGAAGAGGAAGGCUUUGCUGUGGAAGAGGAGGAGUCUGAUGGGGAACUGAAUACCUGGGAGCUGUCAGAAGGAGCACACUGUCAGCCCAAGGAGCAGACGGCUGAUCUUUUCAAUGAGGACUGGGACUUGGAGUUGAAAGCGGAUCAAGGAAAUCCUUACGAUGCUGAUGACAUCCAGGGGAGCAUUUCUCAAGAGAUCAAACCUUGGGUAUGCUGUGCCCCACAAGGAGACAUAAUCUAUGACCCCAGUUGGCACCAUCCACCUCCACUGAUACCCCACUAUUCCAAGAUGGUCUUUGAAACGGGACAGUUUGAUGAUGCCGAAGAUUGAAUGUGGAGCUUUCUGCCUUAUGGGUAGGUGGGUCCUCUCAAUCAAGAUCUCUCUUCCUGUCUUUGAGGUGAGAUGUCCUAAUUGAGACAAUGUUCCCAGUGGUUCCUGAGCCUGGGGUACGCAGACUGGUAUAAAAUAAGGUCCCACUGUUCUCCCCAGCUCUGUUGUUUCUGUUGUUGUUUGUAAGACUCCUCCUUGGGAUGUGUGUGUUUUCGUGUCUGUGUCAGGAGGACUUGUGUUCUUUAUAAAUAAAGGUAGGAAAAAAGUCAA